AAAACAGAAACAGUUGAAAAAGCAUUGAAAGGAAAAGAGAAAGAGAAAGAGAGAAAAAAGUGGAGCAUUGUUGAAGAGAGAGGCUUGUGAUAAAAAAGACCACACCACAAAUAGAACAACAACAAUCUCUUUUAACCUUAAUAAUCUCACAAUUUCAUUUCAUUUCUCAAACACAAACUUACUCUGUUCUUGUUCUGUUUUGUUUCCUUAAAGUUUCAGUUUUUAUUCAAUUCUUCAUACAUGUCUUGUUCUUCUUCAUCUGGGUCUGAAGAUGAUGAUGAAGGCUUUGAUUCCUACCGGAAAGGUGGAUAUCACGCCGUCCGGGUCGGUGAUCAGUUCGCCGGUGGAAGAUAUAUAGCUCAGAGGAAAUUGGGCUGGGGUCAGUUUUCCACCGUUUGGCUUGCUUUUGAUACUACCAACGAUACAUAUGUUGCUCUCAAAAUCCAGAAAAGUGCAGCACAGUUUGUUCAGGCUGCUCUUCACGAGAUAGAUGUUCUUUCAUCCAUUGCUGAUGGCGCCCCUUCAAAUUCAAAAUUUGUUGUCCAAUUGAUCGACCACUUUAAGCACACAGGUCCUAAUGGCCAGCACCAAUGCAUGGUACUCGAGUUUCUUGGAGAUAGCUUGCUACGUCUAGUCAGAUACAACCGUUACAAAGGUCUUCCGAUGAAUAAAGUCAGGGAGAUUUGUCAAUGCAUUUUGAUUGGUUUGGAUUACUUGCAUAGGGAACAUGGUAUUAUACACACAGACCUAAAACUUGAAAAUGUUCUUUUGGUUUCUACUAUCGAUCCGGCGAAAGACCCUGUUAGAUCGGGAGUCUCCCCGAUUUUAGAGAGGCCCGAGGGAAACAUAAACGGCGCGGUUACUAGUCUUAUUGAGAAAAAGUUGAAAAGGAGAGCAAGGAGGGCGGUAGCUAAAAUUUCUGGACAAAGAGGUUCUAUGGGAGAAGCUCCAAAUUCUGAUAGAAAUAUUGAUGGGAUUGAUGUUAGAUGCAAAGUGGUUGAUUUUGGAAAUGCAUGUUGGGCUGAUAAGCCAUUUGCGGAAGAAAUUCAGACACGACAGUAUAGAGCUCCUGAAGUUAUACUGCAGGCUGGUUAUUCCUUCUCCGUCGAUAUGUGGUCUUUUGCUUGUAUUGCUUUCGAGCUUGCCACUGGGGAUAUGUUAUUUACUCCCAAAGUCGGACAAGGUUUUAGCGAGGACGAGGAUCACCUUGCCCUGAUGAUGGAACUCCUUGGAAAGAUGCCCCGGAAGGUUGCUACUGCAGGAAUGAAAUCCAAGGAUUUCUUCGACAGACACGGGGAUCUCAAAAGGAUUCGGAGGCUAAAAUUUUGGCCUCUUAACAAACUAUUGAUUGAAAGAUACAAAUUAUCAGAGAGUGAUGCUCAUGAAUUUUCAGAGUUUCUCUUACCUCUUCUUGAUUUUGCACCCGAGAAGCGACCAACUGCGGAACAGUGCCUGCAACACCCUUGGCUCAUGGAAAAGGACUCUGUUCCUGAUGAAAUGAGAAAUGAAUCUAGUGUGGAAAAAGUGGAUGUUGGAAUAAGCAACCUUAAAAUCAAGGUGGGAAAGUGAAGGGGAGAUAGAAAUUUGAGAAUCACUCUCUAAGUCCCCUCUUCAACAUUAUUGACUUUUGAUUGUGGUUUUAUUUCGUUGGUUUGGCUAAAUUCAAUAAGAUUUACAUUUUUUUAUUGGAUUAACUACUAUGAUAUGUAAAUUAGCAAAGAAUUUUUGUUCAUCCAUAGAUAUAUGACAGAAAUUUGUGUGUAUAUGACAUUCAUCCAAGGCAAGUCUUUUUGUUUUCCUCCUCCAUGAGGUCUCAAAGCUAAGAGAAAUGAAUAUUUUUUAAUGCUAA